GUAGUGGAUAAUUUAUUAAUAAAUAGGGGAGAUAAAUGAAAAAGAAGUAUGUAGCAGCUGAGCUCGGCGUGUCCCGGCAGUGCGGGACGACGUGUUGGGUCAGACGUGGACACUCCGUGACGCGGGUCAGGUUACCGUUGUCACUACCGGCCCUUACGUCAUCUUGGCAACGCCAACCAUACCAAGACCAACCACGUCACCCACCAGAAAGCGACAGUAGCAGCAGCAGCAGCCCCAGAGCCUCGCCCUGCAGACAGGAGCAGCAACAUGGAGCACUUGGAGGGGAAAUACCAACAUGAGAGAUCCGAAAACUUCGAUGAAUUCCUCAAGGCCAUUGGAGUCCCGCUGAUUCCCCGGAAGCUGAUGUUAACGUCGAAGCCAGAUGUGGAAGUUGUUCGAGACGGCGACCGCUGGACGAUAAGGAUGCUUACGCUAAUCAAGACUAUCGAGUACGCCUUCACCCCGGGAGAAGUCGUCAAGUCGGAGACUAUGGGCGGCCUGGCCGAGAACGUGUUCAGCGUGGAGGGCUCGUGCAUCAGACAGACACAGAAGUCAGCCAACUACACCACAGAGAUCGUCAGGGAGUUCUCGCAGGAGGGCCUCGCUAUGACACUAACUCACGUGGAAUCGGGGACUGUGUGUCAUCGAUACUUUAAGAGGAUCUAAAAGUUUUAAGCAGCUGAUGCUCUUCUUUGGUGUUCAUUCACGAAGAAACGAAACCUGCGUGAUAUUGAUAUUAAAGAGGAUCUAACACGGCGUAGUUAAGCCUUGCUUCUCAUAUGCCAUAUGCUCAUAUUCUCAUAUGCUCAUUUCCUGCCCGAAACGCUUUGCGUAAUAGUGGCUUUAGGCAUUGUAUGUACUAGCUCUUAUCUAUAAAGCCAACAAACUUUGUAAAAUCUCUUUAUGUAUGUACCUUUGCCUAAAUAAAAAUUAUUAUUAUAUUAUUAUUAUUAUUAUUAUUAUUAUUAUUAUUAUAUCUUGAAUCAGGAAGCGUCUUCCAUCUCUACUUGAAUGGAUCCAACUCUACCAUAUAUUUGUUUUCUCCUGUGUGUACAAUAUUUUGUACAUUUCCCCUGGAGACUGCUUUGCUAUGAUAACCAGCCCACAGAAGAAAAUAAUCAAAUUUAAUGCUAUUAAAUGAGAUGAAGAGUACCAAUUAGUAUUAUAUGUUGCUGUAGAAUGUCUUAUGGCACUUUAUAUAAGGCAGCCAUGUCACACCCACCCGGAUGUUGAGCAGGUCCUGUUUUGACUAACGUCAUUUGCUUGGCUAACGUUAUUUGGAUGCUAUGUUGAAAUUCCUGGCGUACAGCUCUGGGAGUGUGGAACGUAGUGCAUUAUAAAACCUCUCCAAAAAACCUUAUGGACAUAAAUAUCAUAUAUUGUCUAACAAACGAAUAAUAAAUUAUUUUAAUCGCACACGAUAAGAGUUAUCGUCAUUUACUCAGAGGCUUAAUACGUAUAUAUUUCUAAAUAUAUAGUUUUAAAGGGUCCCUUAGUACAGUCUGGUUCGUUCUCGACUCUCCUCCGUCCCAUCCCAAAAUCCUUAUCCAGAUCCCUUCCCUGUGCUAUAUAGGUGUGGUGGCUUGGCGGGUUCACAUGAUAGUUCCUUUCCCCUCUCGAAUCUCGGUCGAGAAUUCAGAGUUCGAAUCCCAGGCAGGACAGAAAUGGUUUGGCACAUUCCCAAUCACCUAAUGCCUCUUUUCACUGUUGUGGGGUCAGUAAUUUGACCUCGUGGGGAAGAGGGGCUCAGUAUAAGCCUAAUGUAUAUAAAUACACUGGCUGCCUGUCCCCAGACAGUGAAUUGAAUUAUUACAUUUUUUAAAUUAUAUAUUAUAUAAAAAAAUUAUAUAUGCAUAGAAGAUGUACAUGAAUACAUGACUAGCAAAGUUUAUCAAAGCAGCUCAUAAUUACAUAUAUAAAGUCCAAAUACGCCGUAAUGUGUUACUGUGAUACUAGUAAAGGUAAAACUUCAACAAUGUUUUGAUCAGUAUCUCAUCUUAUAGUAUGACGUGGGGGGGGGGGUAUGUCCAUAUGCACAUACCUUGUGGUGUUAAGAGGGAAUGGUGAUACCGUGGAACCCUGCCCAUAGUUCCCAGAAAUCAGGAUAAUUGAGCAUCCUUCUGAAACUUCGACAUCCCUCGGCAAGUCCCUAAUAAUCACUUAAGACGUCUAAUGAUGCCAACUGAGGCACUCUGCUAGACAAAUAAACGCAAACUCCUUGAAUCUUGUUCUCCAUUUGGUCGACGGGAGACAUCUCCCGUCACGCAGGGUGCAGUCGCACUUCCACAGAUCUCUAGUAUCAGCUCUUGAUACUGGUAAUGGCUCAAAAGGGCUACCACUUAAGGGCUAUUCAUGCCCGUACCACCUUUUGGGUAGCUUAAUCCUCAUCAUCAAAUCUUCGUUCAGGCACACUUUCUGUUCCAGGUGAGCACAACGGGCUCACUGUAGCCCGUGCUGCUUGGAACUUUUUGUUCAGAGUAGCUGAAUCUAAAACAACAACAAUCUUGUUCUGAACAUUGUAUACAGCACCAUGAGAAAGUAUGUAGAUUACUUCCGAAAAUUAAUUUUUUUAAAUACAAUUACACGUAC